ACAAUUUUCUGGGCGUUUCCAUGGUGACAUAAUGUGUGCUGACUGACACGUACUGUUUGUGUUGUAAAAAAAAAAAAAAAAAGUAUAGCAGGAAGAAGAAAGGCUGCCAAACAGUUAGCUCGUAGCAGAGGAGAGAGGAGACCUCGUCCGUUCAAGAAUCUAUUCAGAUCUUGAUCCCUGGUUACAUCAUGAACGUGUUUGACCGCAACAUCAACUUUGACUCCCUCUUCAAGUUCUCCCAAAUAUCUCAUUCUACCCAGGUGCACUUGAAGAAUGUGUACUCCAGCCUGGCAGUUUGUAUGUUUGUGGCUGCUGCUGGCUCCUACGUCCAUGUCGUCACACGCCUCUUUCAGGGUGGGUUGCUGUCUGUGCUUGGCUCCCUGGGGAUGAUGUUUUGGCUUGCCAUGACGCCACACAACUCGGAGACAGAGAAGAAGAGACUGGCUAUCCUGGCAGGGUUUGCCUUCCUCACAGGUGUUGGCCUUGGCCCCACACUGGACUUUGUCAUCGCUGUUAAUCCGAGCAUCAUCGUGACGGCUUUCAUGGGAACCUCUGUGAUUUUCAUUUGCUUCACUCUCAGCGCCCUCUAUGCCAAACGCAGGAGCUACCUGUUCCUUGGAGGUACACUGAUGUCUGGCCUCUCCCUCCUGUUCUUGAUGUCUGUGAUGAACAUGUUCUUUGGAUCUGUGAUGCUGUUUAAGGCACACAUGUACCUCGGACUGCUCAUCAUGUGCGGCUUCGUGCUGUUUGACACUCAGCUCAUCAUUGAGAAAGCAGAGAACGGAGACAAGGACUACAUCUGGCACUGUGUGGACUUGUUCCUUGAUUUCAUCACCAUCUUCAGGAAACUGAUGGUCAUCCUCGCCAUGAACGAUAAGGACAAGAAGAAGGAGAAGAAGUAAAGAAACUUUGGAAUAACAAUCUGUCAGAAGAGGCACAAUUUGCAAUGCAGUUGGUGCUUUUCACAUUCUGUCUUCAUUUAUUGAAUUAACUCCUAUGUGGUCUUAUAUUAUUGAAAUUUCUUUGAUUUAUUUUUUUCAAACUUACAACAAGGGUUGAAUGUAAGUUUAUGGUAAACUAAUGCUAGUCCCUGUCAUGGCUGUGAAUGAAGAAUUAGACUAAUGCUGCAGUGAACAUGCUUGGCCUGUAGAGGGGAGCGUUGCCCUAUGAAGGCUCCCAGAAGCUGAGCAGCACUUACUGAAGAUUCUUGUUAUCUAGUGCCAUAAAUUAAUGACAUGAUAGGCUCCUUUUUAGUGGGUCAUGUGAGCUUCUGAGGCUGAGCAUUGUUUUAUUUUAAGUUCUGUAAUUUCAGUUGUUGAUUUGCUUAUUUAUAGUUUUCCUCUGUUCUGUUUAGUGGAGUGUCACAAGACGUGGUGUCCCAUGAUUUUGACAACAGAUUUUACCCUUUGAGAAAUUGCCCUGUAAUUGUUUUUGUUCCCACAAAUUUUUGUUUUGUGAUCAACAUUUUGAGUAAGAAUGGUGAAGCCUGCACUGACACAAACCCUGAAAGCCUGUCAGAGUCAUGAUGAGCUACUCAUUCAGACGGACUUUUUGGAUUUUGAACAUUGGCAGGUGGAGGAGGGAGAGCUGGUGCCAUCUGUCCAUAUUUUCAUCUUGGAUAGCAGGCAAGUCGUUCAGACCUCCCCCACUGUAAAUUUCUCUAAAUAUCUGUUGUCUAGAAAUUAGUUUGCCAAAUGUGAUGUUAACCUUUACGAUUUUUUGAAAGUGUAUACUGUGAAGAAUUUAUUUUAUGGAUGUAAAAUUGAAACUAAUAAUUUGAUACAUUUGCUCAAAUAAAUGUGUUGAACGUAUUGAAACAAAA